AUGAAAGCGUACUACUCAAUUGACUGGGAUUUUUUACUUGAUAUCAUGGCUGCUAUGGAGUUCCCUGCAACUUUCAUUGGUUGGGUCAGAGCAUGUAUUACAUCUCCCAUGUUUUCUAUCAUGAUAAAUGGAGGGUUGGUUGGUUAUUUUCUAGGUGCUAGAGGGCUUAGGCAGGGAGAUCCCAUUUCUCCCUACCUAUUUUUACUAGUUAUGGAGGCUUUUUCCUCUCUACUGACUUGGAAUAUUGGUCAAGGGGAGUUCACUUUUCACCCUAAAUGUAUGAAACCUAAUCUACUCAAGAGUUCUAUGUUUUUUGCUGGUGUGUCAAGCACUGCCAAGCUAUCUUUUUCUGUUCUGAUGGGUAUUCCUGAGGGCAAACUCCCUGUUAAAUAUCUAGAAGUUCCUCUUAUUAGUACAAGGCUCACUUCAACUGAUUGUUCUGCACUUAAGGAGAAGAUUUUGGCCAGAAUUCAUAGUUGGACCCAAAAGUUUUUAUCUUACGGGGGUAGGGCUCAGCUUAUUCAAUCAGUCCUCUUUAGAGGUCUUGGUUUUAGAUCCUUGAAGGAAUGGAAUAAAGUUGUUAAUAUGAAGCAUUUAUGGGCCCUUAGCCAAAAUGCAGACAAUCUAUGGGUUAAAUGGGUUCAUGUUUAUAUCCUCAAAGGACAAAGUUUAUGGGGAAUUCAAUGUCCUAGUGAGGCUUCUUGGGUAAUGCAAAAGUUGUUGAAGCUGAGAGCUACAUGCCAAAGUUGGAUCCGAUACAUCAUUGGCAAUGGUAAUGAUACUUUCCUUUGGACUGAUAAUUGGCACCCUUUAGGAGUGUUAUACCAGGAAUUUGGGGAGGCUGUGGUGACUAAUCGGGGUCUUGCUUUGCAUGCUAAAGUUGCUUCUAUUAUUGAUCAAGGACAAUGGAAGUGGCCAAGGAUAAGGAACAGAGCUGUAUUGAGCAUUAUACGGAAUACUCCUGAAAAUUUUUUGCCUUCCACCUCUGAUUGUGAUAAGAUUGUGUGGACUCUAACUGCUGAUGGCUCCUUCUCGAUGAAAUCUGCUUGGGAGGCGUGUCAAAAGCGCAAUCCCAUCCAUCCUUGGUAUAGCUUGGUCUGGUUUAGUCAAGGAGUGCGUUCAUUCAUGAUAUCAUUGCGCAAGGACAGUGGUAUCAAAGCAUUCGAUGCUUGUUUUCACUCUUUAUACGUAUUAGCAACUGGUAGUCGUUUGGAGUCUCAGUGGCAUAGCACAGCCUUUUGUGGGCGUGUACAAGACACCGCUGCACUGAUAAUUGAUUUUAUGAAAUUUGUUUUUCCAAAAUAUUAUGGUUUUUGGCUAGAUCUUCAAAUGGCAUCCAAGAAUAUUAUUGCUAAUCUUAAUAAGAGAGAGAAACUCAAUGGAACCAGCUAUGAUAUAUGGCAUAGGAAGGUUCAGUACCUUCUCAACAACCAAGAGUUGCUUGAUCACUUGACCAAUGUCAUGACCCCACCUGAGGAGGGACCACUGCACAGCAUCGUCGUGACCAGCAGGCCUAUGACAUUUGGCGUAAGAAGGACAAAAGUACGUCCUUUACCUUGCUGA